AUGACCGUGACUUACACCGCCCGAGUGGCCAACGCCCGCUUCGGGGGCUUCUGGAAGCUCCUGCUGCUGUGGCGGGGAAGCAUCUACAAACUCCUGUGGAGGGAGCUGCUCUGCUUCCUCGGGCUGUACAUGGCGCUGAGCGCCGCCUACCGUUUCCUGCUGACCGAAGACCAGAAGCCCUACUUCGAGAAGCUCGUUAUUUACUGCGACCAGUACGCCAGCCUCAUCCCCGUCUCCUUCGUGCUGGGCUUCUACGUGACGCUGGUGGUGCACCGCUGGUGGAACCAAUACCUGUGCAUGCCGCUGCCCGAUGCACUCAUGUGCGUGGUGGUGGGCACAGUGCAAGGGCCAGAUGACCGGGGCCGCCUCUACCGGCGCACGCUCAUGCGCUACGCGGGGCUCUCGGCGGUGCUGAUCCUGCGUUCGGUCAGCACCGCGGUGUUCAAGCGCUUUCCCACCAUGGACCACGUGGUGGAGGCAGGGUUUAUGACCCGCGAGGAGCGCAAGAAGUUCGAGAACCUGAAUUCGUCCUACAACAAGUACUGGGUCCCCUGCGUGUGGUUCUCCAACCUGGCGGCGCAAGCUCGGCGGGAGGGUCGCAUUCGAGACAACAGCGCUCUCAAGCUCCUCCUGGAGGAACUGAAUGCAUUUCGGGGCAAGUGCGGGAUGCUCUUCCACUAUGACUGGAUUAGUGUUCCCCUCGUCUACACCCAGGUGGUGACCAUCGCGGUGUACAGCUACUUCCUGGCUUGUGUCGUGGGCCGGCAGUUCUUGGACCCAACCCGUGGCUACAAAGACCACAACCUGGACCUGUAUCUGCCCAUCUUCACUCUCCUGCAGUUCUUCUUCUACGCGGGCUGGCUCAAGGUCGCCGAGCAGCUCAUCAACCCUUUCGGGGAGGACGAUGAUGACUUUGAGACAAACUUUCUGAUCGACCGAAACUUUCAGGUGUCCAUGCUGGCGGUAGACGAGAUGUACGACGACCUGGCCGUGCUGGAGAAGGACUUGUACUGGGACUCGGCGGAGGCGCGCGCUCCCUACACGGCGGCCACUGCCUUUCUCCUUCAGCAGCCCUCUUUCCAGGGCUCCACCUUCGACAUCGCGCUGGCCAAGGAGGACAUGCUGAUCCAGCGACAGGACGGCGUGGACGGACCGCUGGGCGAGGCGCACGGCGACUUCCUGCAGCGCCUCCUGCCGGCGGGCGCGGGCAUGGCCGCAGGCGGCCUGCUGGGCCGGCGCCUAUCGCUGUUGCGCCGCAAGAACAGCUGCGUGUCGGAGGCGUCCACGGCCGCCAGCUGCGCGUGCGCCGGCGCCCCCGACGGCGCGGGCCCCGAGUGCAGCUGCGAGGACCCGCUGCUCGACCCGGGCCUGCGUGAGCCGGAACCCGAGCUCCCCGCGGGUCCCGAGCCCCCUGCUCCCAUAGCCGGACCAGGCACCACCAUUGCCAUCGCCGCGGCUGCUGAGCCCUUCACCUCCGUGGUCAUCCCCGGGCCCCGGGGACUGGCGCCGCCCUGGCUGCCCAGCCCUAUUGGCGAAGAGGAGGAGACUCUGGCCUGA